CACCCAGGGGUUACCCACCGGGGCUGAGCCGGAGUGGGGCACCCGUGGCACCUCCGUGCUGCAGGCAGCAUGGCGCAGUGGCAGGAGGUGCAGAGCUUGGCCAACGCACACCUGGAACAGGUGCACCGGCUGUACGCCGACGCCGCGCUGCCCAUGGUGGUGCGGCAGUGCCUCGCCGCCUGGAUCGAGGACCAGAACUGGCGCCAAGCGGCCGAGCCGCUCUCCUCCUCCGCCGCACGGAUGCUCUUCCACUCGUUGCUGGCGCUGCUGGGCGAGCACCUGGGCAGCCCCGGGCUGGGCGACGAGGACUUCAUGCUGAAGCACAACCUGCGCAAGGCUCGCCGCGAUCUGCAGGCCACGUUCGAGGAGCGCCCGGAGGAGUUUGCCAACCUGGUGGCCAACCUGCUGCAGGAGGAGCGCCGCAUCCUGCGCCUGGGGCAGGCAGGGGGACAGGCGGGGGCCGCACCGGCACCCAGCCCAGCCCCGGAGAGCAACCCGGAGAGCAACCGAGAGCAGCAGAUCCAGCAGCGCUUGGCCGAGUUCCGCACGGCCCUGCAGGAGGCUGAACGCACCUUCCGGCACCUGGAGGAGCAGCAGGACAUCUUUGACUUCUGCUACAAGGUGCAUUACCUGCCGGGCGAGGACCGGACGAGUGACCCCGAGUACACGCGGCAGAUCCAGGUGCUCCAGGCCAAGCUGCAGAUCCUGGACCGGCAGCGGCGCGAGGUGCUGGCGCAGCUGCAGCAGCUUUUGGGGCGCAGCGAGACGCUGCGGGACUUCCUGCUGCAGGAGCUGCAGGCGUGGCGGGAGCGGCAGCAGCGCGCCUGCCUGGGGGCACCCACCGACACCCACCUGCGCCCGCUGGAGACAUGGUUCACGGAGUUGGGCCAGGGGCUCUUCCAGCUGCUGCAGCUGCUGCGGGCGCUGUGGGAGCUGCAGCUGCAGCUGACGUACGAGAGGGACCCGCUGAAGGCUGAGACCCCACUGCUGGAGCGGCGGCUGAAGGAGCUGCUCACCUUCCUGCUGCAGAGGGCCUUCGUGGUGGAGCAGCAGCCCUGCAUGCCCAACGCCUGCAAGCGCCCGCUGGUGCUGCGCACCGGCAGCAAGUUCUCGGUGAGCGCCCGCCUGCUCGUCCGCCUCCAGGACCGCAACCACGACAUGGAGGCCAAGAUCCACAUCGACAGGGAUCCCCCCAAGAUAAAAGGGUUUCGCAAGUUCAACAUCCUGACGUCGAGCAGCAAAACGCUCGGGGCAGGGGACAAUUCCAAGGAAGGGCUCGUCUGUGACUUCCAGUACCUGACGCUGAAGGAGCAGAAGGACAGCCGGACGGGCAAGGGCGGCAAAGGUGCCGGUGAGGGUCCCCUGGCCGUGACGGAGGAGCUGCACCUCAUCACCUUCACGCUGGCGUACAGCUACCGCGGGCUGGAGCUGGAGCUGGAGACAUCCACACUACCCUUCGUCAUCAUCUCCAACAACAACCAGCUCUCCAGCGCCUGGGCCUCCAUCCUCUGGUUCAACAUGCUCAGCAGCGACACUAAGGAGCAGCAGUUCUUCUCCACGCCGCCGCCGGCACCGUGGCCCCGGCUGGCCGAGGUGCUGAGCUGGCAGUUCGAGAGCGUGGCUGAUCGAGGCCUGAGCGAGCAGCACCUCCUCAUGCUGGCCGAGAAGCUCUUUGGCUCGAAGGCAUCCCCGGAGAGCGCUCUGGCCUGGAACAAGUUCUCCAAGGACGGCGCCUCCGGCUUCUCGUUCUGGGCUUGGCUGGAUGGGAUCCUGGGGCUGCUCCAGGAGCACCUCAAGCAGCUCUGGAAGGACGGCCUCAUCCUGGGCUUUGUGAGCCGGAAAAAAGAGAAGAAGCUGCUGAAGGGGAAGCGGACGGGGACAUUCCUGAUCCGAUUCAGCGAGAGCAUCCUCGGGGGGGUCACCUGCACCUGGGUGGAGCACCCCGAGAGCGGGGCCCCGGCUUUCCGGGCAGUGGUUCCCUACACCGCGGCCGAGCUGGCAUCCCUGACGCUGCCCGAUAUCAUCCGUGACUACCAGCUGCUGGUGGAGGAGAACAUCCCCGAGAACCCGCUCCAGUUCCUGUACCCCGACACCCCUCGCGACGAGGCUUUCGGGCCGUACUACAGCCAGCGGCAGGACGGGAACCUGACGGAGCAGAAGAAAUACCUGAACCGGCGUCUCAUCCGUGUGUCUUCCAGGCAGGCCAACGAGUCCUGGCAAACGGAAGAGGAUUUGGUGACUGCCACUGAAAACCUGGAGACACUGCAGCUGCAGCCGAGUGGCCUGGGGACACGGCAGCCCCAUGGCUUGGGGACACGGCAGCCCCAUGGCCUGGGGACACGGCAGGUCAUGUCUGGGAAUCUGGGGAUGCUGCAGCCCUCGAGCGCAGGGCCGCCGCCGGGGAUGGCUGCGAGCCCAGGGUCGCUGCAGCCGGUGCCCCAAAGCCUGGAGCCACCGCAGCUGCCGCAGGGGCGAUCGGGGGUCUCGGAGGUGCUGCAGCCAGGGGUGGGGGAUCUGGAGCCGCAGGUGGUGCUGCAGUUGGUCACCUCGGGCCAGGGGAUGCUGCAGGUGGGACCGGCGGGGGUGGGGACACUGCAGGUGAUGCCUGGGGAUACAGGGAUCCUGCAGGCGGUGCCCCAGGACGUGGGGAUGCUGCAGCCGCUGCCCAGGGACGUGGGGAUGCUGCAGCCGGUGCCAGGGGCUGUGGAGCCACAGCUGGGUUCUGAGGCGCAGGGGAUGCUGCAGCUGGUGUCCCAGGACACGGGGAUGCUGCAGCCAGUGCCCAGGGAUGCAGGGAUGCUGCAGCCGGUGCCCCAGGAUGCAGGGAUGCUGCAGCCGGUGCCCAGGGAUGCAGGGAUGCUGCAGCCGGUGCCCCAGGACGCAGGGAUGCUGCAGCCGGUGCCCCAGGAUGCAGGGAUGCUGCAGCCGGUGCCGGGGGCUGUGGAGCCACAGGUGGGCUCCGAGGCGCAGGGGAUGCUGCUGGAGCUGAGGGACCUGGACCUGCUGCCUGGGAGCCCGGACAUGCAGGAGCUCCUGCAGUCGCUGACGGAGCUGGAGCCGGGCUCGGGGACGCUGGGGACACUGGAGGCGGCAGAGCUGAUGCCCGACAUGUCAGAGACCAUGGCCGGGGGGCUGGAGGGGCUGAGCCCCGAGCUGGCGGGCAAAGCUGCGCUCCUGGACCCCCACGACCCAUUCCUGCCACAGCCCGAAGACGCAUCCCUGCCCGUUAUCAACUCCCUCUUUGCCGGUGCUGCCGACUUCCCACCGCUCCACAUCGACGCCAGUGACUUCCAGUGACCCCCCCCGAGCCCUGUAAAUAAACCCUUUCCCACCCCCGACCCGGACU